UGCCUCUCUUUGUUGGUGGCAAUAUUGUUGUCUGCUUGGUUGGUAACCAGGAGGAAAUGCGGAGCUGAGGGGACUUGAAACGUUCAGUUUCAGCACUCCACAGACAAGUUGUUUGACAAUAUCAGUGGAAGGUGUCUGAUUGUAGCAGCUCCCUCAAUCUGGAAUGUCAUGGAGAUACCAGAACAAGAAACUGAGUGAAGUUUGAACAUGUGCUUUAGUAAGGAUCUUGUCUUCUCAAAACAGCCCAAUCUAUCAUAAACAGAAGUUCACAGCUGCUGUUCGGACACAAGGUGAAGGGCAUCACGUCUAAUGAUGUACAAGGACUACAGAGCAGGAAGAGCUGGAGGACUAAACCCGCUGACCUUUGACCCUUCGACGAACAAUGAACCUCUACAGUUUAACAACUGUAAUGGACCCCUGGUCACGGAGUGCCCUGUAGAGAAUGGGGCUGAGAACAGCAAGAAACGGAAGAGACCCAACCUUCCUCCAGAAGGAAUCCGGAAUAUGGCAAUGGACUCGAGCCCAAUGGGAAUGCCAAUGUCAGACCCAGGAGCCUGGGCAACAGCCAUGAACAACCUGGGCAUGGCUCCAAUGGGCAUGACAGGACAACCUCUCAUGUCAGACUUCGACCCUGGCCUUGGGAUGAUGACUGGGAUUGCGCCAAUGAACCCUAUGAUGCGACUAGGAGUCUCACAGGAUAUGCCAGUUGUGAAGGAGAUCAUUCACUGCAAGAGCUGCACCCUUUUCCCUUCAAACCCAAAUCUGCCCCCCCCUGCCACCAGACAGAGGCCCCCUGGCUGCAAGACUGUGUUUGUGGGGGGUUUGCCUGAAAACGCUACAGAGCAACUCAUUGUGGAGGUGUUUGAGCAAUGCGGGGAGAUUAUUGCCAUUCGCAAAAGCAAGAAAAACUUCUGUCACAUUCGCUUUGCCGAGGAAUACACAGUAGACAAGGCCCUCUUCCUGUCAGGCUACCGGAUCAGACUAGGUUCCAGCACUGACAAGAAGGACACGGGGCGCCUCCACGUGGACUUUGCACAGGCACGGGAUGACUUCUACGAGUGGGAGUGCCGGCAGCGCAUGCUGGCGCGUGAGGAGAGGCACCGCCGGCGGAUAGAGGAGGACCUGAUGAGGCCACCCUCCCCCCCACCAAUUGUUCACUACUCCGAGCAUGAGUGUGGACAGCUCGGGGAGAUGAUCAAAGAUGACUCCAAGUUUCCUGAAGUGAUUCGCAUCCUGCUGACAUGGGUGGAGCGGGGAGAGGUGAACCGGCGCAAUGCCAACAACUUCUACUCCAUGAUCCAGUCCGCCAACAGCCACAUCCGCCGCCUCAUGAACGAGAAGGCCGCGCACGAGAAAGAGAUGGAGGAGGCCAAGGAGAAGUUCAUGAACGCCCUGUCUGGGAUCCUGGUGCAAUUUGAGCAGAUUGUGUCUGUAUUCCACGCUUCUGCCAAACAAAAGGCAUGGGACCAUUUCUCGAAAGCCCAGCGCAAGAACCUGGACAUGUGGCGCAAGCAAGCAGAGGAAAUCCGGAAUAUCCACAAUGAGGAGCUGAUGGGGAUCCGGAGGGAGGAGGAGAUGGAGAUGUCCGACGAUGACAUGGAGGACCCACCUGAAAACAGGGAUGCCGAUGAGACUGGCCUGGCAGCUCAGGCAGAGGCACUGAAGGAGGAGAACGACAGUCUGCGCUGCCAGCUAGACGCCUAUAGGAAUGAGGUGGAGCUGCUGAAGCAGGAGCAGGGCAAGGCUCAGCCCCCACGCACAGAGGAGGAGGAUGCCACCCGCCAGCAACAGCUCCGCUUCCUGCAGCAGGCAUUGCAGGGCAUGCAACAGCAACUGCUGAGCACCCGAGAAGAAUUAAAGAAACAAGAGGCUGAAUUGGAGAAGACAAGAGAAGAGAAAGUGCAGCUGGAGAUCCAGCUGCAGAGUGUGAAGGAGAAGGUGGAUCAGCCCUCACUGUUACCUAAACAGCCAAUCCAGCAGGAGACGACAGACACAGAUGACAGAGGGAGUGACGAGAGCGCUGAUCAAGGAAAUGACAGCGCUGUUUUAGAAGUUGCUUCUGCAAGUCAAGAGAAGGAACAGCAGCCAGAGAAGGGUCCAUCCAGCCCAGUAAAGUCUGAGAGAGAGGCCCUGCUUGUGGGAAUAAUCUCUACGUUUCUCCACGUCCAUCCCUUUGGAGCCAGCAUUGAGUACAUCUGCUCUUAUUUGCAGCGUCUGGACACCAAGAUCAGCACCACAGAAGUGGAAACCCUGCUGGGCCGCCUGCCGAACACAUUCCGGCAAGAGAUCUCAGGCGUGGGGGCAAGCCUAGAGAAGAGGUGGAAGUUCUGUGGCUUCCAGGGGAUUAAAAUGACUUAGAUGUUAGUGGUUAGAUUUGUGUCCCACAAAGAAAUGAACUGGGCCCAAGGGGAUUUGAUUCUGGUGGUCAGAGAGACUCGCUUCAAAUUGCCUUGGCUCAGCAAUGACGCUAGAGGCCCUCUUCACUCCCAGGCAGGUUGCUAUAGUGACAGUAGUGUCUGUGCCUUGCAGACAGCCCUGUUUGUGUUUGAGAGGAUGUUUAUUUCCUCAGGACUGACAAACGGGGAGAAAAAUCAGACACCACAGUCUUCUUUCUUUCUUUCUUUUUUUCUAUUAACUUUUUAUCAUUUGAAAACAGUCAGUUGACAGGCUUAUUUUCGUAUUGUUCCUUGCUAAUAUAUGUAUAUUUUACCUUUUUAAUGUACAUAGUGUUAACUGUGUCUGAACAGGCUGAACAGAAACAAAUAUCUGUGCUCUAUAUAUUGUAUUAAAAAAAAAAAAACCUGUUAACUGUUGAUUUUGUUUCUUUUUUUGUUGUAUUUGAAAUGUUCUCCUAGCAGGCAUAUACCUGAUUCUGCACAACAGGAACUUGCCCUUUUGGGUUGGGGAUGUCUUUAUGAUUUUUUUUUUAGGCUGUACAUACAUACAUACUUUCUGAAAAGUACUGACUCCUGAGCCUGGCACAUGUCUUAUAAGAAAGGUUGAGGUAAAAAGAAGGACUAACAGUCCAUGUGGUAGCCCCACACUUUACUCACUAAUUUCCACAACCAAAACUAUCUGUCUACACUGCAGUCAAUUUCUCUAACCACAGGGCUACUCUACUUCUGAGCGUUUCGGAUCUGAUGCUCCAACUGCUGUGCCCUCUGGGUACCCUCGUUGUAUAGCACAUUGAAAAGAGAUUCAUGACUGGCUGGCUGGCUCUCUUCUCACUGCAUUUGAUUGAACAUAGAACAAUUAUCAUGCUGCUGAUACAGUAUCUGCUGAAUAAAAUGCCCGUGUCUCAGAUUUGGGAUGCUUCGGGUUAUCAUUUAUUAUUUCUCAUAAGAAGAGACUGUCCUUUGUGUAUCCAACCCUCCUGACUCCUACCUACAGUGGGAGAGAAAGGCUGCAAUUUAGAUUAAUGAGAACUCGCUGUACCCUUCAAUCUCCUCUGCGGGGAAAAAAGUUGCUUAAGUUCUGUAUUUGUCAUUUAUGAGCUUUGGAGAUUAUUUUUUUUUUGCUUUGUUUCAUUCAAUACCGUCAAAAACCAAAUGUAAUAGUGUUAUUCAGAUAAGGCUUUUUCCACACUGCAGAAUAAGAUUGCAUUUGGGGUCAUUUUAAACAACCCGAAAAUGUAAUUCACUAAAACUGCUUUGUAAAAUUCAUUUUGGCAGCGAAUGUCUGUUGCAGUUGUACAGAUAAUUCGGUGGCUAGUAAUUCGGUGCUUUUUGAUGUCAAGUAGUUUGUUGCCUGGCAAAGAGGGGGGGGGGAAAUGUGUCUAAGUUUCCUUUUAAUAAAAUAUAUAAAUAUAUAUAAUUUGAACUGAACUGGAACUGCUCUUGUGAAGUGUACUUUGCAAAGAUUUGAAACAGGGGUUUUAGUCAACAAUGAAUCAAUGAGAUUAGAGAAACAGUAAUGUGAAAGGGUUGCCGGGUUUUAGACAAGCACAUUCAUUUGGCUAAAUCCACUUGCAGUCUAUAAAAUAGCUACCUGUGACACAAUAUACAAUGCGAUACCUCCUUUUCCUGUCUGGCGUUUAUAGGAUUCUUUGAAGGAAUGCUGCCAUCUUAAAAUGUGAUAUUGAUUUUUCAGACAGCUUAGGGGGGGAUUGGUUAGAUGGGAGGAUAUUAUGGACUUCUAGUUAAAAACUGAUGGCUGGGAGCAAGCAGACAUGUUUAGUUGUUCUUUUAAUUUGAUCAAAUCAAAAACCCUUGUAGGCAACGAUACAAAUGUAACACACAUGAGUUCAAAAGGUAUAGUUCUGGACAGUCAACUUCAUGACACAUUUUAUAAAUUAUUAGCACCUUCUAACCAGACAACUUGAAUGCAUUUUAAGGCAGUAGAAUGUUAUUCCAAUGGACAUUUCUAGUUUUUACUUCAUAUGCAUACUGUAGUUGGCAUUGGCUUGGUAGUGUGUUUCAUUCCCAGCAUCCCUAGUUUAGACAGAUUUACAGGUGCGCGCGCACACACGUUUACAGGUCCAGUCAGUGAGGAGACUGCUCCCGCUCAGGUGCUUUUAUCAAGUUGCGGUCCCAGUGAAAAGUCUAUAUAAAUCUUACAAACGUUCAGAAAAGUUACGACAAACUUUGUAAAGCCAGAGAUUAUCUGUAUUGUUGAAAAUUGUAUUUUUUAGAAAAUAAAGUAAUUUUGUUUAUGAAUCUCAAAA